AUGGUCCAAUUGGCUGCCUUGACAAGCCCCUGCUUCUUCCACCGCCGCUUCGGCGAUGCCGUCAACAUAGAAAAAGUCCUAGAUGAGAUAAAGGAAGAUGACCAGCUGUCACACAGCCGUCUUAUGCAGACCGCUGCCAGUGUUCGCGAGGUCUCACGACAACUACAACGACGCUCCACCAAGCAAGCCGUACGCAACGUCAUGAUAGUCACAAAGGCCCGCGACAACGCCUUGGUAGAUCUGACGCGCGAAUUGGCCGAAUGGCUGCUUGUCAAACCACGCUAUGGCAACGACGUCGGUGUCAAUGUCUACGUCGACUCAAAGCUGCGCCGCUCCAAGCGCUUCGAUGCGGACUCGUUGACUGCCAAAGACUGCCGUUUUGAGAGCAUGCUUCGCUUUUGGACUCCUGCUCUAUGCUGGGCUUCUCCAGAACUCUUUGAUCUCGUCAUAACUCUCGGAGGAGACGGUACUGUCCUCUUCACCUCAUGGCUGUUCCAACGCAUCGUGCCGCCUGUCAUGUCCUUCUCCUUGGGUUCCCUAGGCUUCCUUACAAACUUCCAAUUCAACCAGUACAAGCAUCAACUAGAUCGCAUCAUGGGCGACUCGGGUAUGAGAGUAACAAUGCGCAUGCGUUUCACCUGCACAGUCUAUCGAGCAGCUGCGUCAAAUUCCUCAUCGUCCCUGAAUCCACAAAACUCCUCUGACCCGGCAUGUCCUGUAACAUCAAAUCCGACCAAGAUCGAGGGCGAGACACAUGAAGUCCUCAACGAGCUAGUCAUCGAUCGAGGACCAUCCUCCUACAUCUCAUCACUGGAUCUGUACGCCAACGAUUCUCUGGUCACUCGCAUAUCCGCCGAUGGUGUCAUUCUCAGUACGCCGACGGGCUCUACUGCAUAUUCUCUCUCUGCGGGUGGAAGUCUGGUACAUCCAGAGAUUCCCGCUAUAUUACUCACACCCAUCUGCCCUCAUACACUAUCCUUCCGCCCAAUGAUCUUGAACGACUCCAUGGAACUGAAGGUUUCUGUCCCUACCAAGGGGCGAGGCGGCGGUUUCGUCAGCUUCGACGGUAAAGGACGCAUUCAACUCGGUUUGGGCGACGAGGUCGUCGUUAGAGCGAGCAAAUAUCCAUUCCCGACCGUUCUUAGUCAACCAAUGGAGUGGUUCGAUGCCAUUAGUCGUACAUUACGCUGGAACACCAGAGCUGCAGACCAGAAAGAUUGGGCAGGAAGAGAUGCAGACGACAAAGACGAUGAAUUUGACGAAGACGGCGCCCACAAGGGUAGCAAGGAGCCUGAGUUCGACAUAGAUUUCGAAGACGAGAUGGAGAGCGUCCGUGAUUCUGGAUAUUCAGGAUCAAGCAGCACUGCAUGA